GAGAGAGAGAGGGAGAGAGAGAAAGAGAGAAAGUGGGAGAGAAAGACCACAGCUCAGUCUCGUUCAGGUCAUGUUUGAAGACCUCCAAUGUCACAAACUGGGACAACAAAAGGGAGCUUUCUAUUGGAACUUUUACCUUAAAACAACAAGCGGAGAGGAAGAGAGGAAGACAAAAAGGUUCUAAGGAUAGAACAGUGGAGUGAGUAGGGAAAGGGGAGGAGGGUAAAAAAACAGAAACAGAGAAGAAAGAAAGAAAGAAAGAAAGAAAGAAAGAACGAAAGAAAGAAAACAGCGUGCGCUGCUCUCCAUAUGCUGAACGUGGCUAAGGCUGGUUAACACUCCGGCACCCCCCACCCUCACCAUCGCCACCACACACCACCACCCACCUCCCCUCUCGUGUCUCUCACACACACCACACACCACCCACCAGCCCUCUCGCGUCUCUCACAGGCUUUAUGACUCAGGGGAAUUAAGUGGCUCCAUCAUCCUGCCCCUCCCCUAAGUGCCAGGAAGAGCAGCCGAACCACGCGUCUCCACAAGGAGGAAAACACAGAGAGAGAGAGAGAGAGAGAGAGAGAGAGAGGAGUGUCAGAGUGAAGGAGAGAGAGACAGAGACAGAGGGAGAGAAGGAGUGAGUGAGAGAGUCAGAGUGAGAGAGGGAUAGGGAGACAGUAAGAAUCCACACUGGACGAUCUGGCCCACUCCAAACCUUUUUUUUAAUGUUUUUUUUUUCCUCCUUUUUUUCUUCCUUGUGAUCUGGUGACAUCACGAGCCUGUGACCCUGCCUUUCUGCUGAUGACGACGCUCAGAGGCGAGGGAAAAAGAGAUUUUUAAAGCUGCUGCCUGUCGGGGUUUAGUGUAUGUGUAUGUGUAUGUGUCUGUGUGUGUGUGUGUGUGUGUGUCUGUGUGUGAAGGUUUUUUUGCGUUCACCUCCAGAGCAACCACAGAGCAACCACAGGGACUGCGACGCUGCUGCCUUCUCCUUCUCUCCUCCUGCCUGCCUGGUGCACAAAUAGUUAAUUCUCGCAGGUCAAACUGUGAGUUUAAAGAGCAGCACAAACCAGUAAGUAGUGCGUGCUUCGACCGCACUCACCAGCUCCUCAGCAAGCUCAGCUCCUUCUAUCCAGUCAACUGAGGAGACAUCUCUUCUUUCUCUUCUUUUUCCAUCACUUUUUUUUCAUCUUUUUUUUUUUUUUUGUAAAAAACCCAGACCUGGUCAUUACUUGCGGUCAUGCAAAUAGUUGAUACGAAAACGCAAUUCUUGUGGAUGCUUUUUGCCUCUUUUGUACUUGCCCUGGUAUGGUCCGCGCUCCACGACUAGGACUCAUCAACGGUCACCGCCGAGACCGCACAGGAAACGAAAAAACGCACACGCUCGUCGACCAGCGACCAAAAGUGGCGACCAUGGCAUCCAACAGUCUUUUCAGCUCUGUGACACCAUGUCAGCAGAACUUCUUCUGGGAUCCCAGCGCAAGUCGGAGGUUCAGUCCCCCGUCUAGUAGCCUCCAGCCCUUGCCGGUGAAAAUGAACGAUGUGAACACCACUACCACCACGGGACAGCAAGACGCGGCAGUGCCCAGGCUGCGCCCUCAAGAGAACCGCUCCAUGGCCGAAAUCAUCGCAGAUCACCCAGCCGAACUUGUUCGGACAGACAGUCCAAAUUUCCUUUGUUCUGUUCUGCCUUCUCAUUGGCGGUGUAACAAAACUUUACCCGUUGCGUUCAAGGUUGUUGCACUAGGGGAGGUAACUGACGGGACGACUGUCACAGUGAUGGCCGGCAAUGACGAGAACUACUCGGCAGAACUGAGGAACGCCUCUGGAGUUAUGAAGAACCAGGUUGCUCGUUUCAACGACCUCCGCUUUGUGGGAAGGAGCGGAAGAGGCAAGAGCUUCACCCUGACAAUUACAAUAUUCACCAACCCGCCGCAAGUAGCAACCUACCACCGGGCCAUCAAAGUCACUGUGGACGGACCGCGCGAGCCAAGACGGCACAGGCAGAAGCUGGAGGACUCGCCCAAGGCCGGCCUCUUCUCCGACCGGCUCGGUGAAUUUGAGCGCAUCCGGCAGACCACCAUGAGGGUCGCCGUGUCGUCGCAGGGGCCCCGGUCCUCCCUCAACGCCGGUCCCAACUCCUUCUCGUCGCAGGGUCAAGGCCAGAUAUCAGACCCACGGCAGUCCCAGUCGUCUCCCCCCUGGUCAUACGAGCAACCGUACCCCUCGUACCUGAGCCCCAUGGCCUCGCCCUCCGUACACUCCACCACCCCUCUCUCCUCCAGCCGUGCCACCGGCCUGCCCGCCAUCAGCGAUGUGCCCCGCCGCCUGCCAGGUGCUUCUGAUCUGAGUCCCUUCCCAGGCCAGUUCGACCGGCAGUUCCCCGGCUUCCCCUCCCUCACAGAGAGCCGAUUCUCCAGCCCCAGGAUGCACUACCCGGCCACCUUCACCUACACCCCGACCCCUGUCACUUCCGGCAUGUCCCUGGGCAGCGCCCACUACCACACCUACCUGCCACCACCUUACCCGGGCUCCACCCAGACCGGCCAGAGUGGACCCUUCCAGAGCAGCAGCACCCCCUAUCUCUACUACGGGGCCUCGUCCGGGUCGUACCCAUUCUCCAUGGUGCCGGGGGGAGGUGGAGGAGGAGCAGGAGGAGGUGCAGGAGGAGAACGCUCGCCCACCCGCAUGCUGCCGCCUUGCACUAGCGCCUCCACGGGGAGCUCUCUGGUCAACAGCAGCCUCCCGGGGCAGGGGGAGAGCAACGGAGGAGUGGAGGGGGACGGGAGCCACAGCAACUCCCCGACCAUGCUGAACCCGGCCGGGAGGAUGGACGAAGGAGUCUGGAGGCCUUAUUGACUGAAGGACCAAAUAAUUUAGCAGAUGAGCACGAGAUUAACUGAUUCAUCGAUUGAUUGAUUGAUUGAUUGACUGGUUGAUUUGUUGAUUGAUUGGUUGAUUGGUUGAUUGGGUGAUUGAUUGGUUGAUUGAUCAGAAGUCAGGAGGCCCGUGGCCUGCAGUAUUGAGAGACAGAGAAUCUCCAAGCCGACGUCAUGGUUCCAAAGCACAACCCUCGCAGAGGAUUCAUCAUAUUUUUUUUUUUUCAUGGGUUUUUAUUUUGUUGCUGUUAUUUUGGUUUGUGAGAUUUUCCUUUUUGUUUCUACAAAAUAUUGCUCUUACCUAAUUUGCUAUGAAACAUUUUUAAAUAACUAUUUGUCUGUCAUUUUGGGUGUCUCUGAGUAUUUAUAAACCAAAGGGAAAUAUUCUUUUAACAUUGAGGUCCAUUGAGUCAUUCAGAAGGGCUUGUUUACAUGAGUGACUAAAAGAUCAUGCUGAGACUUUAUGAAACACAAAAGACUUAAUGACACUCAGAGACCUCAGAGAAUAUUAUGGGAUGGCAGAAACAUGGUCAAACUAUGGGAUGUCUGCUACAGGGCUAAUGUUUUUCUCAGCAUGUUUAUUUUAUUUUAAUUUUACUUUAUUUUAUCUUUUUUUUUGUUUGUUUGUCCUCGACACGGAUAUGAACAGUCGAAUAUGAGACACUGAAUAGUAACUCAUUCAGUACACUAAGAAUUUGUGAUCUGACCAGGUAGUUUGCUUUUUAAAAAUUCUGUGCUCUUUUUUAAAUAAUUAAUUAUUUAAAUUAUAUGUAUGUGGGGAAAGAUUUUUGCUGAUGAAGUUUUUUAAGUUAUAAUGCCAUAAAUUAAGUAGUGAAACUUGAGUCAUAGAAAUGUACUCGAAAUAUUUUUGUAUAGCAUCUAUGUUCUUCAAGUUCAUAAUGAAAUUCACAAUUAAUUUAAAGUAUAUAUUUUUGUUUAUUUUAGUGCCUUAAAUAAUGUGUAUGGAACAAAAUGAUUAAUUUAUCGAGAAAAAAGGGGUUAAAAGGACUUUCCAGGUAUUAUUUUUUAUGCCAUUUAUAGAGUGAGCACACUUGUUAUUUAAGUAAUCAAACCAAAGAUUUUUUAUUUCUCUCUCCGCUGGUUAUUUUUACAAUAUUUCUCUAGUAUGUAAACAAGUGUAUUCAGCUCUUGUUACUUUCAGUAAAAAGGAACAUCCAUUAGAUGCAGGUUACAACAUACUUACAUACAAGCAGACAGGCAAUGAACUUAAUAGUGAGGGCAGGAAAUGUGUGAGUAACUGCAUAAGGGUCAACAGCCUCAGUUUGUCUUUAGGAUGUAACUUGUAGCAUCUAGCCUAGCUUCCUUCCCUCACUUUAUCUCAUGAGGUUGGAGGCAUAACCAAAGAAAAAGAGCAGGAGCUAUCAUGCGAGACACUAUGAGAAUAAUUAUAAACACAAGAGCAGUUAGAAAAUCAUUAUCAACACACAAGUUGAGAGAAUUAUUAUCAACACACAAGUUGAGAGAAUAAUUAUCAACACAAGAGUAGCAUGAGAAUAAUUUCACAGGAAACCAAAAAAGGUCAAAGGUCGACCAUUAAAAUGACAUAUUUUAACACAUUAGAUUUUUCAAAUAAAUCUUCAAACCCUGGUGCAUUGAUAUAUGAUAAGAGGAACAUGCAACAAGCCAUAUUUAAACUCUGGGGUUUUUGUCGAUGACUUAGCGUCAUCUUUGUGUAACUUUUAAAAAGUGAACUUGAAAUAUUUUCUGCCCAAUCUAAACUAUUUCAAACCCAUCUUCUCUUUUCCAGUCCAGAUAAAUCACAGCUGCCACAGCUAGCCUAGGGAUAUCUGCUUAAUGUGUCAUCUUUCCGUUUAUUUUAUCUGGAACCGUUUCCAGGGAGUGAUUCAAGGAAUGAUUGAGAAAAGCAGCAGCACUUAUUGCAUAACUCUUUCAGCUGAACGUACACGAAACUGAUGACUUCUCCAAACUGAUAUCUCAGUAUGGAUAGUGGAGCUUAGAGCAGACACGUGGGCCCCAAAGUCGCUCUCUAUCUAUUUAUCCAAGAUAUUUAUGUUAUUUAUCAACAAAAAAAGCUCAGUUGUAGCUACUCAGAGCAUGGGGGAACGUAUAGAUAUUUUGCCUAGAUUUAGUUUUUUUGCACAGUGGACAUGUGUAAUUAUGCUAUACUCCCUUGCCUUAAGUUUGUUAUAAUAGUCAACACAGCACACCCACAAGUGCAAAUAAUGAUUGGACAUCAAGUCCCCAUCACAGUUUACAAUCGUGAUUUGUAAUGCCUUUAGGCUUAUGUGGGUGCAUGAGUUGAACCAGGGGUAUACUUGUCUCAGUCAAUUUUUUUUGUUUCUCUGUGUGUGUGUUUUCAGCAUUUAAAUAUGCUAGGUACUCCUCGUAUUCUACCAUCUAUGUACUCCUUGGGAAAUAUCAGCGGGAGACACUUUGUGAUUUGCUUAAAUAAUGAUAGAAAUCCAAUAAUUCUGUUGAAUGAUAAAGGAAUUAAACGUGCCUCACAUAUCCCUACCGACUCAGCAAACAGCUGUCACAAUACAGAAAGAGUAAACAACGUUAGGUCAAAGUAGGUCAUAUUUGUUGUGAAAAUGCUUCAAGACUUACAGUACAACAAUGCCAUAAUAAAAAUAGUAUUUUCCUAAAUCUAUAUAUAUUCUGUCCACAUUGUUUGCCUUCCAGACCUUUUAUUGUAUUAAUUUACAUUUCCCCUAGCCUGGAAACAUUUUUUAAGGAAAUAAUUAUGAAUGUACAGGAAAUGUUUUCUUUUUGGUGUUUCUUAAUAAUUACAUCACAAUGUUAAGUCUUGAGGCAUUUUUAUCUAUAAAAACAACAUGUAACUAUAAAGUACCUAUCAAACAUCUCUCCAAGAUCACAAAGUUCAACCAUUGCACGAUCAAGUCAAACGAAAUCCCUCCAGCUCUUAUUUUUUUUUCAUUAUUUACUCUUCAAACGUCUGGCGUUUUCCUUCAUGUCUUUGUGUGGUCUACUUUUUGUAUGCGCUUAUAAUGUUGAGAUGGUCAGUUGGAAUUCCUCUCGUUGGCCACCAAGAAAAUGUUUACACAUUAUUUUUUUUUGUACAGCAUUUCCCUGUGUACGUCUUGAGUAUUUCAUUCCUGUUGUUCUGAACUUAGCCUAAACCUUGACUAACUUCUCUCGGGGUAGAACAAGUAGGCCGACGCUUGAAAACGGUAUCCCUAUGCAUGUCCAUGUGUGUCUUCUUCCAGCACUAUUACUCUUGCCCACACUACACAGAGGUGAUAUGUUUGUUUGUUUGUUUUUGUUUCUCCUCUUUGCCUUAGCUCCCCAUGUCAACUUCUAUUUUGCUAAGAAAGUGUCUUGUAAUGUCUGUCUUUGAUAUGACAACAGUGAGAGAAAUUGGCAUUUUGGAUCUUUACAUUUGUUUACAGUUUUGUAAGAACAAUAAAGAGAUUUUGUUAGAAUUGUUUGAUAUUCGUAUAACACA